GUCCCUGCCCACGCGAUCAUGACGAGCUCUUCGUCCUGGUUUGCCCCGCGCCGCUGGUCAGCAUCGCUGCGUUGACAGCCUGCCCUCUGUCUUUUUAAGCUCUGUCACAAUCCCUCCCCAUAGCGGUCGUCCAACGGGCCAACGAUGUUUUGGAAAUCCCCAGAGGUCGCCGCGACGAGCUCCGGCUUCGAGCAGGACCUCGAAAAAAGUCCUGGGGUGGGAAAUUCCCCCGUCGACGACAAUCACAGCAAUGGAGCUGUGCCGGGGGAGACUUUUGUAUACGGCAAUUCGCUCUAUGCAAAGGUCCAGCGCUGGGCGGGAAAGCUCAAUAUCGAGCAGAGAGGCAUUGAGCGCGUUCCAGAGAACGAGAGGACGGAUACCUCCUAUGUGAAUAUUGGCAGCAUGGUGUGUCUCUAAAUUUCAUUUGCGUUCUAUCUAUGCAACUAGCAUUCCUCAUGAAGCGCGCGGCGCUGACGACCACCUGA